AUGUCUGAGACCAGCAUCGAUCGCAACCUCAACGUUGCAACCCAGCUUCCUCACUACUUCAAGCUGCGCUUCUGCACUGUCUGCGCCAGCAAUCAGAACAGAUCCAUGGAAGGUCAUCUCCGCCUCGCCCAGGCGGGCUUUCCCGUGAUCUCCUUUGGCACCGGAUCCCUCGUCCGCCUCCCAGGGCCCACCAUCACCCAGCCCAAUACCUACCACUUCGACAAGACCUCCUACGAUAGUAUGUACAGGGAGCUCGAAGCCAAAGACCCCCGUCUGUACCGCGCCAAUGGCCUGCUCAACAUGCUAGAUCGCAACCGCGGCAUAAAAUGGGGCCCGGAGAGAUGGCAAGACUGGCAAAUUGGGGUUCCCCGAGCAGGGCAGAAACACUAUCAGGGCUACGAGGGCACGGAGACGGGCAUCGUGGAUGUGGUCAUCACCUGUGAGGAGAGAUGUUGGGACGGGGUGGUGGAGGACCUGCUCGCGAGGGGUAGCCCGCUGAACAGGCCGGUUCACGUCAUCAAUGUCGACAUCAAAGACAACCACGAGGAGGCGGCGGUCGGCGGGAGGGGAAUUGUGGACCUGGCGAUGUCACUGAACAAGGUCGCGGCGGAGGAGAGGGAAGCGGUCGGCGCCGCGGCUUUUGACGGUGGCAGCAUGGCUGCCAGAGCAGGCUUCGACGAGAAAGUCCCAGACGUGCUUGCGGAGUGGCAGGAGAGAUGGCCUAAUCUGCCCGCCACCUGGACACUGUCGUGGUUCUGAAAAGGAUGGUCGUGGUGGAGCGAUGCCAGCCGGAGUUUUUUCACCAUCGGUGGUGUUGCCAAAAUGCGACUGGCCAAGCAAAGUAGGAGCGCGGAAGGACGUUUGGAAAGCUUUUUCGAGCUCGACGGUAGGCUGUCAAAAAAUUUUCCUCCUUUCUUUUCCCUUUUUUCUAUAAGGCGCCAAUGAUACCCAUUGGUUUUGUCCGGACUCGAAAGUCGAGAUGACACAUCUUUGUGACAGCACCAAUACUCCCUAAACAGGAAUCCGAAUGAACCAGACUCCCUGUCUCUCUCUAAAAGCUCGCUCGU